UAGCAGUCAAACGUCUGUUCUAACUGAUACACAAAUCAAGUACUCUUUAUUAUACUAAAACGAAAAAAUAUGGAUGCAAAUUGUCGGUUAAACAGAGAUCGACCACACAAACCACGACGUUUAAUAAGCAAACAUGGUGAGCGAAAUGUGAAUUUUGUCAAUAUACCGGAAAAAUCAAAACGAUACAUUCUGGAUCUUGUACACACCAUUAUUGAAAUGCGAUGGCGAAUCGUCAUAUGUGCACAUUUAAUUGCUUCAUUUGGAUGUUGGUCUGUGUUUGCGGUAUUUUGGUAUAUCAUAUCAUAUGCGCACAAUGAUUUGAAUUUCGACAGUCAAAGUGGAGUUUCAUUGCAUGAAGGUGAUAUGCCAUGUCUCCGAGGGCUUACUAGUUUAACGGAUUAUUUUCUAUAUAGCUUUGAGAUACAGACAACUGUCGGCUUUGGUGAGAGAUAUCCAAACGAAGAGUGCCCGGAAGCUGUUUUUCUUUUCGUUGUACAGAUCAUAUGUGGUAUAUGUAUCGAUGGUAUUUUGAUUGGAAUUAUUUAUGCGAAGCUAACACGACCGCCUCGGAAACCAUAUGAUUUGAAAUUCAGCCAAAAGGCAGUAAUUUGUCAACGAGAAUCAAAGCACUGCCUAAUGUUUCGCAUUUGUGAUCCAAAAGAGACACAUUUAAUUGGUUCUAGACUGCAUGUCGUUUUAUAUGGAGAAAUUACAUCAAACGACGGUGACACAGUGAAUCAAUUUCAACACUUGCUUAAGCUACAAGAUGAUGGACAAGUUCAUAUCAUAUUCCCAUUGAUUAUUUGUCACGUGAUUGACGAUCAAAGUCCGUUGUAUACACUUUCGGCUAAGAAAUUUCUCGAAAAAAGAUUCGAAAUUAUUGUGACAUUCACCGGCGCAUCUGCUUCAACUGGCCAAAUAACAGAAGAUAGAACGUCAUAUCUAUCAAGCGAAAUAAUAUGGGGCCAUCGAUUUGUAAACAUAAUAGAAUAUGAUGCACAGAAUCAAGAAUACUUUGUUGAUUAUGACAAAUUUGAAGUGACGGAAGAGGUUGACACUCCUUUAUGCAGUGCACAAAGAUUCACGGAAAUUACAAAAUCAGCGCUAAAUUAAAAACUAGAAAAUACUUCGAUAGAAUAGAUGUAUCUUUAGG